AUGGUGUUUGUGAAUGAUGGGUGGGUAAAAACUAGGUUUGCAAGAGAAAAUGUGGGAGUAAAUGCACUUAAAAUUGUUACAAAUAUCAAAUUUUGGGAAGAUGUCGAUUACUCUUGUAGGGUGCUAAAGCCUUUAGUUAAGGUAGUAAGAUUAGUGGAUAUCGAACGCAAACCUACAAUGCCUUCUUUUUAUGAGGCAAUGAGAAUAGCAAGGGAUCAACUUGAGAAGAAUUUGGCUGAAGAUAAUGAUACUUGGGUUAUAGUUAAGGCUGUUUUUGAUAAGAGAUGGAAGAAUAACUUUAAUCAUCCUCUACAUUGUGCGGCUUAUUAUCUAAAUCCUUCCAUAUUCUAUAAGAUUCCAGCUCAUUUGAUGGAUAAUGGUCCAAAGUACAUAGAAAUCAAAAGGGGACUUCAUACAGCUAUGGAAAAGCUUAUAACCAAUGAAGAUGAACUUGAGAUGGCAACAACUGAAUUGAGAAUGUACAGCGAUGCUUAUGGAAUCCUAGGAAGUCAGACUUGCAAAAAAAGAAGAGACAAAGAUCAACCUCAUGAUUGGUGGAUUACAUAUGGAGGAAUCGAUGUCCCAAACCUACAAAAAUUUGCAAUCAGGUUAUUGAGUCUUACUUCUUCUGCUUCCCCAUGUGAGCGAAACUGGAGCACAUUUCAAAAUUUGCACACCAAGAAGCGGAAUCGCAUAACACAACAAAAAUUGAAUGAUAGUGUAUUUAUCCAAUAUAACAAAAAAUUGCAGCGUCGUUAUAAAGAAAUUGCAGAAUAUAAUGAUGAUGGGAAAGCUCGUGACCCUAUUUUUCUUGAUGAGCAUGAUGAAAAUGAUGAAUGGUUGGAUCCACAGAACUUACAUGACUUGGCUGUAGAAGGUGAUAAUGUAACUUUGGAUGAUUUGCAAGAUAUUCUUGGCGAAGAAAGUCGUCCAGUUGAUAGUAGGGGUGCAUGUAGCUCUCGAAGCAAGUCUACUUACCCAACUGAUUCUGAAUAUGAUGGCUAUGAUACUGAUCAAUUGAUGUUAGACACUGAUAAUGGACUACUUGAUGGAGCUAAUGGAGCUACUGAAGAUGAUGAUAUCUAUUAUUUAGAAUAA